CAAACAUGGGCAAUUUGGCAAUACUCAGUGCUCACUUUUAAGUGGUAACGCCUAUGACAGCAUUUCAUUCAUUGUUAGUGCACAUUCUCCAUUGCCUACCGCACAAAUCAUCCUCUCUUUUUUUUCUCUUUUUACUUCAAAUUUUAACUUCAUUACCAAAGAACAACCAAUAACAAUAGUUUUAUUUCAAUUGGGUAUUACAAUAGUUCCCAUUUUGUGUAGAUUUUGUUACUUUAAUUUUCUGGGUUAUUUGAUUAUUGGUUGAUUUUUGAUCAAGAAUUUAGAUUGAUUUCUGGGUUUGAUUCAAAUUGGAAAUUUGUUUCUGGGUUUUGGUUGAAUUUACAUUUAGAAGUUUUGAGUGUAAAAAAUGGCGUUUUGUUUGAGUUCAAUGGCUGUACAUUUUGGUCCUGUAGUUAGUUCAGAUCUGCUCAAGCCUCAAUUAUCAAGGAGCAAAAAUCUGCAAAAUCUACCUAAACAGCAGGUGAAAAGAAGACCUGUUAAUGUAAGAGCAUCAUUGACAGAAAGUGGAGAUUAUUACUCAGAAAGACCACCUACUCCCCUUUUGGACACAAUCAACUAUCCCAUUCAUAUGAAAAACUUAUCUGUUAAGGAGCUUAAACAAUUAGCAGAUGAGUUACGGUCUGAUGUGAUCUUCAAUGUGUCUAAAACUGGCGGUCACCUUGGUUCCAGCCUCGGGGUUGUGGAGCUCACCAUAGCUCUUCAUUAUGUCUUUAAUGCACCUCAAGAUAGGAUAUUGUGGGAUGUUGGUCAUCAGUCUUACCCACACAAGAUCCUCACUGGAAGAAGAGAUAGGAUGAGAACAUUGAGACAGACGAAUGGAUUGUCAGGAUUUACAAAGCGCGGGGAGAGUGAAUUUGAUGCCUUUGGUGCAGGUCAUAGUUCCAACAGCAUUUCUGCUGGCUUAGGUAUGGCCGUAGGAAGGGAUCUAAAGGGUAGACAGAACAACGUAGUUUCCAUUAUAGGCGAUGGUGCCAUGACUGCCGGCCAAGCCUUUGAGGCAAUGAAUAAUGCAGGAUACCUGGACUCUGACAUGAUUGUCAUUCUCAAUGACAAUAAGCAGGUCUCUUUACCCACUGCCAGUUUGGAUGGGCCUAUUCCUCCAGUUGGAGCUCUUAGCAGUGCAUUGAGUCGAUUGCAGUCGAACAAGCCUCUUCGAGAAUUAAGAGAAGUUGCCAAGGGAGUAACCAAGCAAAUAGGAGGGCCCAUGUAUCAGCUAGCUGCCAAAGUUGAUGAAUAUGCCCGAGGCAUGAUCAGUGGUACAGGAUCAACUUUGUUUGAAGAGCUUGGACUCUACUACAUUGGUCCUGUUGAUGGUCAUAAUGUAGAUGAUCUUGUAGCUAUACUUAAAGAGGUUAAGAGUACAAAAUCCACAGGUCCAGUGCUUAUCCAUGUCGUGACAGAAAAAGGAAGAGGUUACCCUUAUGCCGAGAAAGCUGCAGACAAAUACCACGGGGUGACCAAAUUUGAUCCAGCCACUGGCAAGCAGUUCAAAGGCCAAUCACCUACUCAGUCUUAUACAACAUACUUUGCCGAUGCAUUAGUUGCAGAGGCAGAGGUGGACAAAGAUAUAGUUGCUAUUCAUGCUGCCAUGGGUGGUGGAACAGGCUUAAAUCACUUUCUACGACGCUUCCCUUCACGCUGCUUUGAUGUUGGAAUAGCUGAGCAACAUGCUGUUACUUUUGCUGCUGGAUUGGCUUGUGAAGGUCUCAAACCUUUUUGCGCAAUUUACUCAUCUUUCAUGCAAAGGGCAUAUGAUCAGGUAGUUCAUGAUGUGGACUUACAAAAGAUACCAGUGAGGUUUGCUAUGGACAGAGCAGGCCUUGUAGGAUCUGAUGGCCCUACACAUUGUGGCGCUUUUGAUGUAACAUUUAUGGCUUGCCUCCCCAAUAUGAUAGUAAUGGCGCCAUCAGAUGAGACAGAACUAUUCCACAUGGUCGCCACUGCUGCUGCUAUUGAUGAUAGACCUUCUUGCUUUCGUUACCCCAGGGGAAAUGGAAUCGGUACAGAGUUGCCACCAGGCAAUAAAGGCAUUCCACUUGAGAUUGGACGAGGCAGGAUAUUGAAAGAAGGCGAUAGAGUAGCACUCCUAGGUUAUGGUACAGCAGUUCAGUACUGCAUGGCUGCAGCAGCUUUGGUUGAAUCUCGUGGCUUGAAUUUGACCGUAGCAGAUGCCCGCUUUUGCAAACCACUAGACCAUGCACUAAUCCGUAGUCUAGCAAAAUCCCAUGAAAUUCUAAUCACUGUUGAGGAAGGAUCUAUUGGAGGUUUUGGAUCUCAUGUUGCCCAGUUUAUGGCUCUUGAUGGCCUUCUUGAUGGAAAACUAAAGUGGCGGCCUUUGGUCCUCCCAGAUCGAUACAUUGAACAUGGCGCACCAGGAGACCAGUUGGCUGAAGCAGGGCUUACGCCAUCACAUAUUGCUGCGACAGUAUUCAAUAUUCUUGGGAAAACAAGGGAGGCUCUUGAAGUCAUGACAUAGAAUGAAAAACUUUCAAGCCAUUAUUUACAAGUGACAUACAAGUUGCACCGCUAUGUUUUAUCGCUUGUGAUUGAAUAGGUGACUGUUAGAUUGGUACAUAAGUAGUGAGUUUGUAGCAUGGAAACCACAGAUGAUGUAGCAUGGUAGCUAUUUCGAUAUUUAGCACCUUCAGAAAGUUUAUAGAUGUCCCUAGUCGACGUAAUACAUGGAAAAUAUGUCGCAGCUAGUGGAGAUGUACAUAGUUUUAUUGAUGUAGCAAUUGGGCAAAGUUAUAACCUGCCUUUACAUUAGCAAAGAAAGCGGAAACUAUUUCAAGGUAGUUGAAGAUUAUAAGUGCAUAUAUGCUGACAGAUAAAUCAAAUGAGCUUUGAAUGAAGUUGUAAAACAGGAAGUUGGGGUUAUUACUAAAUGGUAGAGUUUGUAAAGACUGAUUUACCCAUGAUACGUACGAUUCAGAGGCUCUGGAUUCGAA